AUGACUAUAGCAAGAGAUGAGACCUGUGUUGCAGUUGAAAGUGGAUCUAGUAUUGGGAUGGUAGUUUCUGGUGGUGAUUUUGGUUCGGUUGAAGAGAGUGUUAUGUGUGAUACUGAUCCCAAGAGAGUUAAGGUUUAUAUUUUGGAGAAUAACGAGUGGAAGGAUACUGGUACUGGGUUUUGUAUUGGGAAAUUUGUCGAAGAGAAAUUAGUUUCAGAAGAUGGUAAUGAGGAAACAAUGACCCAUAGUGCUUAUAUGAUGGUUACUAAUGAGGAUGUUCCUGGUUCCUUGUUGUUAAAGUCUAAGCUUGAGGGCAAUAUCGAAUAUCAGCGUCAGGAAGAGACGUUGAUUGUCUGGAAAGAUCUUUCAGGAUGUGAUAUUGCUUUGAGUUUUGAAGAGAGUAUUGGUUGUGAUAGCCUUUGUGAGUUUAUUGUUCAGGUUCAGAAGAGUGUGGAAUCUAAUAUUUCAUUGGUCGCUGUGAAGACUAGUGUUAAUGGGAUGAGUUCAAUUCAUGAAAUGAUCACAGGUCCAGUACCGCUCCCAUCCAAUGAGGCUUAUCAAGAUGAAGCUAUGCUUUAUGAGUCAUUGAGGAUUUUGAAUGAAAAUACUGCUUUCGAAUUCUUGAAAAACCAGACAAUCGAAUUUGUUUUACAAUCUCAUUAUAUUGAAACUUUGAUUAAUCACUUUCAUGAGGCUGAAAGAGAAAGGCUACCGAAAAAUUUGUUUCUACUGAGUAACAUUUUGAAGACUUUAAUUCUUUAUAAUCAAAGAGAUAUUUUGGAGCAAUUAGUAGAGGAUAGAUAUGUUGAAGGUGUUGUCGGAAUAUUGGAAUAUGAUACCGAAUUCCCUACUUCAAAGGCAAAUCAUAGAAAAUAUUUAGAAGCAAGUGGACCAACUUUCAAAGAGGUCAUCCCUUGGGAGAAUGAAGAAUUGAAAAUUGUAAUUAAAAAAUGUUUCAGAUUAUAUUUUUUGAAAGAUGUAGUACUGGUCCGUUUUCUGGAUGAUCAUAACUUAGAUUUGAUUUUAGAUGUCAUCUUGGAUUUGGAAACCUGUAUUAUUGAUUUCCUUCAAGAGGAUAGUUUUAUCAGCAAAUUGGUAGAAUUAUACACAACAGAAUCUAUCAAGAAUAAUAAUACAAAAGCUGAUCAGGAAAAAAGAAAAGAUGGUAUUAAAUUAUUGCAUCAAAGUGUUCAAAUGUCAAAAAAUUUAGAUGAUAUUGAUAAAUCUAACUUCUUCAGAUCACUCGUUAGACGAGGUCUAUUUCAAAUAUUUGAUUAUGCAUUUAAUGUAGAAACGGACAACAGCAUUAGAAUUCUGUCCACGGAUACCAUAAUUACAAUUAUCGAACAUGAUAUUUUAUUAAUACAAUCUGUUAAAUACAAAAAUCAGAAUUCUUCUUCUGGAAUAUAUUUGAAUGAUAACAACGAUAGGAAUAAUAAUAUGUCAUUGUUGAUUAUCUUAGCCAAAAUUCUUCUUACAGAUAAAAGUCCUGGCCUAAGAGAGCAGGUCAUUCAAGCGUUAUACACACUUCUUCAUCCUGAAGAUUGUUUGGGAGGCGAAAACAUUAUGUUGACUGGUAGUUUUAAUGAAGAAGGACAUGGUAUCAACGAAAUGGCCAUGGGAGGUGAUUUCAAUUGUAACAUGGAAAAUAAAGGUGAUUUAUUAGACCAAAGGUUCGAAGAGCGUGAAAUGUACGGUGGAAAGACAGAAUUUCAAGUAAUUGAAUAUUUUGAAAGUUUCUAUAGCAAAGCUGCACCGAUGCUAUUUAAACCAUUGAUUUUAAAUGAAUUCAUGGGAAACUAUUCAACUGGUGAACAAGAUUUGCUUCUUAUUCAUUUAGUGAAACUACUCACCUUUAUUAGUACAGAGCAUGAUCGUAGGAUGUCAAGAGAAUUUGUUCUAGAAAAUUCCAUUUUAGAUUCGAUAAGUCUGAUGAUGAAACCAACACAUAUGAUUCAACUACGGGUUGCAGCACUAAAGUGUUUUAAAACUAUCAUAUCGCUAGACGACACAUUUUAUCAUAGGUAUAUGAUUUCCAAAGAAUUAUAUCGGCCAGUUAUUGAAUUGCUGAUGGAGCAAAUGGGCAAUGACAAUCUGGUGAAUUCAUGUUUGCAAGAUUUCUUCCGAAUAAUAUCUAAACAAUGCUCAGCAGCAAAAGAGUCAGAUGAAGACGAAACGCUAAGGUCGCAACCUACAUAUAAGAGGACUAAUUUCAUACUUCUCAAUAAACAUUUAUUAGAGAAAUAUGGAGAUACUCUACAGAAAGCACAAAAUAGUAUUAGAUUCAUUAAAGGAAUGUUUGAAGUAAGAGACGAUCUAUUAUCGGUGAGUAACGGGGAUAUGAGUUCAGAGAUGAAUAACAGUGACAAUGAUGUGACAAUGAGUACUUCACAGGAGAACGAGUUAAGUAAACCUAUGAAAAGGUUACAUUCUCAUAUCGACGGAUCACAUGAGGAAUACGAGAAAGCUACCGAUAUGAUCACUAUGAAACAAGCAUCCACAACUCUAAGCAAUACACCAAGCAAUUAA